ACGAGUCUGACCUGCUGUAGUAGAUGCACAGAUGAAGAUGCUACAGUCGCAUCGGUUAUGUCUCCUGCUCUCUGCCUUAGUUUUCCGCCUGGGCACAGCGGCAGAGCCAGAGGUGUCAGUAUGGGACGUGGAGAUCAACUCGACAAAGGAGGCUGUGUUUCGAAAGACGCUGUAUGCCAACACCACCAUCUACAUGAAGUUCCAGGGUGACACAGCGUCAUGUGAUAGAAACCUGGCCUUCAACAUCAGCUGGUACCUGCGCUCCUCUGUGUGCUACAAUGAGGUCUUUAACACACCUGACAACAAAGCGAACAACAUGUUUGGUAUGGACCACAUGUUGAAGGACGGCUGGAGCGGCUUCUACAGUCAGGGCUACAUGUACUUUGACAACUGCUCAUCGCUCUUCUUACCCAGGACGUAUUAUGCAGACUACAACCCGUAUCAGCCGCUCACCAGCCCAAAGAGCGACCCAUCGAAUCAGAGCCUCAUUUGGCCCGAUAAGCCGGACAUCAGUGCAGUGGCCAAAGCCUGGGAGGACAGUCCGUAUCUCUUCAUAGUGAAGGUGCAGCAUUUGUUCCGCGGAGUUGAGGAUGACGAAUUCGGGGCAGAGCAGUUUAACUUUGCUUUCACAAUGAAAGUUGAGAUGAAGGGACCACAUGACUUCUCUUCUCCAGCAGACUGGCCCCUCAUGAUGUUCUUCAUGGUCAUGUGCAUCGUGUACGUGCUGUUCGGGGCUCUCUGGCUCUUCUGGUGCGCCUGCUAUUGGAGGGAUCUGCUGCGGAUCCAGUUCUGGAUCGGCGCUGUCAUCAUCCUCGGCAUGCUGGAGAAAGCUGUGUUUUACUCAGAGUACCAGAGCAUCCGUUACAAAGGAGACCACGUUCAGGGUGCUGUGAUUUUUGCUGAGCUUCUCUCUGCACUCAAACGAUCUCUGGCCCGAAUCCUUGUCCUCAUUGUCAGUCUUGGCUACGGCAUAGUCAAGCCCAGGUUGGGCACCACAGUACACCGGCUGGUCGCUGUCGGGCUUCUCUACCUGCUCUUCUCCUCUGUGGAAGGUGUGCUAAGAGUGACAGGUGGUUUCUAUGGGACGGUUGCCCUGGUGGCUAAUCUCAGCCUCUCCCUCAUUGACUCCUGUGUCAUGUGGUGGAUUUUCAUCAGUCUGUCUCAAACCACUCGUCUACUGAAGCUCCGCAGAAAUGUGGUGAAACUCUCUUUGUAUCAGCACUUUACGAACACUCUCAUCUUCUCCGUUGUCGCUUCCAUCAUAUUCAUCAUCUGGACCACCAAAGUCUUCAAGCUGGUGGACUGCCAGACGGGUUGGAGGGACUUGUGGGUUGACGAUGCCUUCUGGCGCCUCCUGUUCUCCACCAUACUGCUGGUGAUCAUGGUGCUGCUGCGGCCCUCUGCUAACAACCAGAGGUUCUCUCACUCUCCUCUGAUUGAUGAGGACGAUGAUGAGGAAGAGGCCAAGGAGCCAAUGCUGAAUGAAGCUUUUGAGGGAAUGAAGAUGAGAGGCUCAAAGCCUGACUCUAAUGGCUCCCAGAAACUGUUGAGUAAAGAGGAUGAAGACCUAAAAUGGGUCGAGGAGAACAUCCCUACAACUGUCGCUGAUGUAGCUCUCCCUGUGAUACUGGAUGAAGAAGAGGAAAUCCUCAAAACCAAGAUGGAGAGAUCCAAAAUGGAGUAGGAGCAAAUGCAGGAAGACGGUGUGAGAAUGGGAAGAAAGCAAUGUCACUGAGGCAGCAAUGAAUGCGUUCUGAGUGAUCUGAGUACCAAAAAAAUGUGGGCAAAGCCAACUUGUUCUCUCCAGACACUUUACAUUUUUUAUUUAAUUUCACAGGUAUUGUAAGCUCAGUAAGGUAGAAGCACAAAUAAUGUGUUUGUAUCAAGGGAGUACUGUGCAGUCCGUAGCUGCAUGCUGGUAAUGUUGAGAUCAGCACUCUGGGAGGGGGUGAAACUGGAGCGAUUACACAGCAGAACACUUGUUUAUUUAUUUGUUUCAAAGAUAUUUGUGCAGUGUCACAAACUUGGCCAAAAUGAAGCAGAACAUGGGCAUUUAACAUAAAACCCUUGUGGUAGAUAGAAUAUUUAUCAAAAUUAUGCCUUUUAGUUUUAGACUAAUACAAUAUUUAAGAUUGGAGUUUCUCUGCCCGCUUUACACUGCAAAAGCGACCCAAGCACCCAAAUCUGUUGGACUGUGAGGGCUGAUUUCAAAUCCGUUAAGGUACGAAUUAUGAUUAUUAUGUGGCGGUUGUUUCAGCCAAGAAAUUAGAUGAGUGUAUGAAUGAAGGGGAAAAUAAAUGCUCAAGUUAUUGUGCAUAAUAAGAUAAUAUUUAAGCCAACACAGCAUCGGACACUUGAACUUGAAGUUAUCUUCAGAGAUGUUCUUUGCCAUAACCUAAUGUAAAAAAAAAUGCAGGUGUUUUUAUUGCAUUACAUAUUUAAUAGGUCACAUGAUGACGUACAUUUAAUAUUUAAAUAAGCAACUGUAUGGUAUGAUUAACCAUUUAGCCAGAGAAUUAAAAAAGUGAAGAUAAUUUCUCACAGCUGCACCAACAAAUGUUGAGUAUUAGUUUUAUUGUGAACACAUAACUAACACUUUGUUGUCUGGCUAACUGAGUUAUCCUAAAUAUAGAAUUAAAAAAGUUACUGUUACUCUAUGUAAACACAGCCGCAUCAGUGAAUAUUGAUACUUGAAGCAUAUCACAGUUGUCAGGGUGAAGUGUGCGACAUUUGUGUUUUGGGGAUUCUAGUGUUAACUGGAACACACUGUUUGUGAGGUGGGAGAAUGUAAUCAUGACCCUGUUGGUCAUGAAACUUGUUCAAAGCCAAGUGUAUACUACCAUAACCACACAGUGUCAUCAGAAGUGUUCACGCUCAAGCGUUACACGAGAUCACUUCUCUGAGAUAUCAUCUUAACACAGAACAGUUCAAACAACUGAAAGUAAGACUCUUGUAUUGCUGAUUUUGAAGCUUUUAGUAACGAUGAAAAGCUGCUCGGCCCUCAGCGAGGAGGGAAAACGUUUGAUUCUUAUUAUAAAAACAGGCCAGUUUUAAAGGGCCAGUGUGUAAAAUGGGUUGAAAACAGUGACAUCAGUGGUCAAAUUCUAGAUUGCAGGGCUCACUC